AUGUUUUUCUUAAAUUUAGUAUCCUUCCCUUUUCCCUCUCAUUUGCUUUUGCAUUAUAAAGGUGGGAUGAAACGUCUACGCCGCUUCGAUAGCGACAGCGAUGACGAUGAUGCGGAUGGAUAUGUGGAGGAGCCACUUCUUCGGUACACUCGUGACGAUAAGGAUGAGAUGUUGUGGGCAAUGGGAUUAAGAACGGAGGAACCGGACGUCGAAAGUAAUGGAGCUGGAAGUAGCAGUGGUUGUGGUGAGACCGUUGAGGGUUUUGUAACUGAUGUGUGCGAUGGACAAAUGCGCGAAUCAUACCAAGGCGCGUCAAACGUACGCCCUCCAGCAGUAGCGACGAGGAGGCGACAUGCCGCCCUUCGUGAGGAUCGAGAUGUUCCGGAUCACUGGAAGGGACUGAUGUCGGAGGAGUUACUUCAGGUGUACUUCACAACUUUAAGUUACGCAGAAUCAGGGCACUCACUAGAUGAUAAGCUCCUUGCGCAGUAUUUGCCGUACUCCGAAGAAAGGUUCCGCCCAGUGGUGCGUGCGGAUGAGCGGAUAUGGGAAAAUUCAUAUUGUAUUAAACCCGGUUGGCGAUGGGACGGUGUCGUCCGUGGCGUUAGCACCACAAAUUGA